CCGCCUCAGGUGCCAGUCGGCGCUUGGCUCUCGCUCGACCGCCACCUGAUCCCCACCUGCAGAGGCCGAGACUCCUUGCCCGGCUUCCUUCCCGUGUCCGUCAUGCGUCUCGUGGUCUGCCUGGUCUUCUUGGCCUCCUUCGCCCUGGUCUGCCGAGGCCAAGGGUACAAGAGUGGUCACACAGGCCCAUACCCCAGACCACUCUAUGGAGGAUCCUUUGGCCCCAUUAGGCCUGAAAUUCGGCUCAUCAAACCAGGGCCUCUUUGCAACAUUUGCCGCACUGUCUCCAUCGCAACGGUUGAAUAUUGCUGCGGUCGGUACGGGCGCUGUUGUCAUGAACUGAAAAGAUAAAUUGGCAGAUGAUAUUAAAACUCCAGCUCUAAAAUGACAGUAUCUAUCUAUCCAUCUAUCUAGAUCUUUAUCUGCAUUUUCUUCUUCCAUUUUCUUACUUUUCCUAAUGGAAAUGACGUAUGGAUAUCAUAUGUGUUUUUCCUUUUCCAAGAAUGCGCUAAAUACUUUGUUCAUGUGUGUAUACA